UAGUUGGUUAUCAUUCUAUCCGCCUUGGUAUAAGCACGUAUAAGAGAAUCAUUCUGGACCUGGUUCAAAUAGUGUGCUGUGAUUUCAUUUUAGCUUCUAAUAGCAAGCUGAAGAAGUCGUAGUGGUAUAGACCUAGCAUUCGUAGGUUAGCUCAGUUAUAAUUUUAACUCUAGUGAAUUAGACUAUACAAAAUCAUGAAGCUUCUUGGAAAAGUCCUGGUAAUUUUAUUGAUAGGGUACAGUAACAUGGAGAAUAUUGAUUCUAAUAAAUUUGAUCCACAGAAUAUCGAUUUUGACAGAUUUGACAGGCAUAAAUUUGAUAUUGACAGAUUUGACAUGCCGAAUAUUGAUUUUGGGGAAAUACAUAAAAGAAUCAAUGAUAUACAAGAGAACAAACUAAACAUACCGGAAUUUAAUUUUAAGCCAUAUGAUAUUAAUCAAUUUGAUAUUAACCAAUAUAAGCCAAUAAGUUUAGAUGGUAGCAAUUUUUGGGAGGACGUACCGAAAGAUCCGAAUGCAUAUUUGGAAUACCUUCAAGAGGAAUGUAGCAAUGCUGGACAUCCUGAUAUAUUAAAUAUGAAUAGUGAAAUAUACCGUCAAGCUAAAAUCUGCCUCGGUAGCAGAGCAGAUUAUAUAGAAACGAUCGCGAAACAAUUGAUUGACUCUGGACUCAUUGCUAUCAGCCAAAUUGAUGUCAAAGAAUUCUGUAAGGUGUGGCCCGAAAUUCAUAACUGCAUUAACCCCCUUGUGAGUUCAAUGAAGGAAUGUUUGAACAGUGAUCUAAAAGAGAUUGUUGAUGGUUUACUUAAAUUCAUCGACGAGUCCAAGAGUUUCUUCUGCGUUGAGGACCGUAUAUCGACAUUAGUCAUCAAUGGGUCUGUACAACAAUGUUUCAGCUUAGUCAGCAAAGAUCUUAACGAAUGUCAAAAUAACUUUAAGAACGGAAUAGGACAAUUUAUACAAACUAAGGAGAUAUAUAAGGACGCCGAUACGUAUAAGCUACUGACUGGGAAGAGUUUAGAUGACGCGCGUUGUAGCACCUUCAAGUCUUUCCGCGACUGCAGCGUCUCGAAAUUAACUAAAUGCGAAUCAAAAGAUCCUUCCAAAAUCGUGGAUGACUAUUUAGCACUGAUUGAAGACGACGUCCAUUGUUCCGUGUCUUGGUUUUCACGUACCAAUAUUAAGAUAUUUUAUUAUGCGGCGGUGACAGUUAUUUGUUUAAUUAUUUUGGGUAUAAUAGCAUGUUUUAAGCUAUUAAAGGGUAGGAGUGCUAGAACACAACAGCAACUAUUUGACUCACAUAUGAAAGCUUCUAAUACAGCGUCAUAUACACAUGUCUAAUAAAAAUAAAUUACACAAACUGAAAAGUCUCAGAUGCAGGAUUUACCAUUUAAUAAAAAUUUAAAUAGUUAUUUAAAUCUGAAACUUUUCUUGUUGAAAUUUAUUUCUGGUAUAUACUUAAUCUGCCACUUUUACAAUUUAUAAGACCGCAGACGACGAACAUAGAAAACAAAAAGGACUCUAAUAUAUCCAGUCAUAUUCCGUUUUCAUUCGUCAAGGAAAAGGACAGAAAGAAACUUCCUAGUACUCAAAUCUGAGUAAAAAUAAAAGUAAAAGAUGGUUUUGCUUGGCUUCGAUUCAGAGGGAUGCACAAUCGCCGGACAGCUUGAAAUUUCCCUUAAAUAGAUGGACUAGGUGGUUUUCGAUUUAAAAAUGUGCACGCUAGCGCUGCUGAGGAAGCCUGCAAUGACAGAAACAGCUGUUCAGCGAUUGUACAUCCCUCUGAAUCGAAGGCAAGCAAAACCAUAUUUUAAAAAUAUAUUAAUAAAUUCCAAUUUCUCCAUUUACUACGAAAAAAGUAAACAGAGACAAACUCAUUAUAACAUGGAUAAAAAUUGUAAUAGAAAAAAAGCUACAUUCCCAGUGUAGGGCAGUCAAUGAGUGUAUUUGACUCCGAAUUCCAUCCUAUUACAUCGAUUUACUUGAUAUUUUCACAGUAAGUAGGGAGUAGCUCAAGAAACAAAGUCAACUUUAUGCCGAUGUGUGCUUUUAUCUUGGGGGUAAUUCCCACCCCUGCUUGUGGGUGAAAAAUGUGUUAUGGGCCAUUCCACGAACAUACGCCUGUUUUGGAUUACUUCGACAACGAAUAUUUUACUGUGCAAAAUAAGAAGAACGAAAGUAAAUUGCAAAUUACAUUGUUGUUUAUUGGAAUAAUUAUUAGCGCCAUUUACUUUCGUACUUCUUAUGUUGUACAGUAAAAUAUUCGUUGUCGAAGUAAUCCAAAGCAGGCGUAUGCUCGUGGAAUGGCCCAUAGUUAAAAUAGCCACGGAAGAGGAGAUAUAGAACCUAAUUUUAAGCAGAAACUGUUCUAUAAUUAUUUUUUGAGAACUCAAUAUUUUUUGAGUUAUUCGUUGUUGAAAAUUGGCCAUUUUCAUUGAAAAGUGAAACCUUUUCAGACGGAUUUUUGCGAAUACCUUAAAAACUAUGCAUCUAACAAAAAACUAUAUAAAAAAUUUUUGUAGGUUACAAAAAAAAACAAAGAGGUUCGUUCGUUCAUAAAUCUUUGUUUUUUUGCUGCAUGCUCAAAUCGGUGUAUUCAACUUGAAAUAACAGAGAAACGGUCGAUUUUAGGUGUAUAAUGAUACAAAAAACUUUUUUGUAGCGCUUGAAAAUACCUUUAAAAUGAGUAAUACUAAAUGUCGAUUACAUUCAAACUAAGCGAGAUAUUCUGCGAAACAGUUGAUGACUAAUGUAUUUUAAGAAGGAAUGAGAAGUAUAUUUAACCCCUCAUGCAUCAGAAUUUAAAUACAUCGUUUUCCUUCUACAAUACUUUUUAUUAUAGUGUUAUUUCUAUGUUCAAAAAGUUGGACUGGUUUGAAAUGAAUUGUUUAAAAAAAAAAUAAAAUAAAAUUAUAGAGCGCAUUUUUAAAUUGUCUUAAAAAUCUUAUUUUUCUGCAUGUAACUCGAAAAUAAUAAGAGAUACGAAAAAAGAUACCGCACAAAAAUGUAGGAUUUUUUCAGAUAAAAAUUUCCUUUUUAUUUUUCAUUACUGUAUCUCUUAUCAUUUUCAAGUUACAUGGAGAAAAAAGAUUUUUAUGAAAAUUUAAAAAUGCGCUCUAUAAUUUGAUCUUUUUUUUUCAAAAAACCAUCCAGUUUAAACACGUCCAACUUUUUGAAUAGAAAUAACACUGUAAUAAAAGGUAUUGUAGAAGGAAAACGAUGCAUUUACAUUUUGGUGGAUGGGGGUUAAAAUUACUUCUCAUUUUUUCUUAAAACACAAUAGUUAUCAAUUUUGUUUGCAGCAUAGCUCGCUUAGUUUUAAUGUAAUGGACCUUUAAUAUAGCUUAUUCUAAAGGUCUUUUCAAGUACUACAAAAGAUAUUGGUAGCAUUAUACUCCUAAAAUCGACCGUUUCUCUGUUAUUUCAAGUUGAAUAGACCAAUUUGGGAAUAUACCAAAAAACAAACUAUUUUCACCUACCAUAUCUCUUUUUGUAUUAUAACUAGAAGAUGUAUGAAGGCAAGUGUCUCUUUGUUUAUUUAUAACCUACAAAAAUGUUAUUUUAUAGUUUUUUUAGUCAGAUGCAUAGUUUUUAAGGUAUUCGCAAAAAACCGUUCGAAAAGGUAUUAUGUUUCAAUGAAAAUGGCCAAUUUUCAACCACGAAUAACUCAAAAAGUAUUGAGUUUAAAAAAAAAUAGAACAGUGUUUGCUUAGAAUUAGGUUCUCUAGCUAAUUUCGUGGUUAUUUUAACCAGAAAAUUUUCCACCCCUCAAAAGGGGUGGGAACCACCCCCAAGAUAAAAGCACACAUCGGCGUAGGGUAGACUUUGAAUUAGGAGACAAGUAGAGGCUAGGCCCAAAAUUUCAUUAAAAUCCAUGCAGUAGGAUAGAAUUCGGAGGUAAUACAUAAUUAUCCUUGCUCCCAUUGACUGGCGUAGUGAUCAAUCCUCAAGAGGAAACAGUAGCGAUCAACAGGUAGCAAAAACGCGUUCCAAGAUUGCGGCUGUAAUUUUGAAUAUUUUUUCGAGAUAUUUGGCAUACGUAUUCGUAAUAUAAUAGAGAAUGGCGUUUUAAAGAGCCCAAUUUGAAAAAUAUAUUAAUAUAUGGAAAUUACUCUGUAAUUAAAUACAAUAUUAAAAAAACGAGCCUGUACCGCCAUUAAGAAGAACAAAAAAAUAAGUUUCUUCAAAUAAACUUUUUUAUCCGAUGCCUAGAUUUUGUGUCAUUUUGGAACUACUAAAAUUUUUUAUUUCAUUAGUAGUUCCAAAAUCACACAAAAUAUAGCAUCGGAUAAAAAAGGUUAUUUGAAGAAAUUUUAUUUUUUUUCUUCAUAAUGGCAGUACAGGCUCGUUUUUUUAAUAUUGUAUUUAAUUACCGAGUAAUUUCCACAUAUUAACAUAUUUUUCAAAUUGGGCUCUGUACCGCUAUUCUUUAUUAUAUUACGAAUACGUGUGCCAAAUAUCUCGAGAAAAUAUUCAAAAUUACAGCCGCAAUCUUGGAACGCCUUUUCGCUACCUGUUGAUCGCUACUGUUUCCUCUUAAAUUCAUUAAGUAGGAUAGAAAAUAUUAAGUAGUUAUCGGAAAAUAUAUUGUAAAAUAAAUGAGCAAAAUUGGUGUAGGUCGCUGAUAUUAUUCGCUGAUAUAAGCUUUGAAGGCCCCGUAGUCAUAUAACUCCAAGAAAAAAAAAGCUAUAUUCUUGGUUAUACAAGAAUUUAACCACUACCAAAACAAAAUUGCAUUUUAUUUUAGUUUGACCACACCACCUAGUGCUCCUGAGUAGAUUUGAUAUUAACCCUUAACCUGUCAUAAUGUCAUACCUUGCCGAAAAUAUAUUUUGUUGUAUAACCUCUUUUAUAAAAGAUUUCUAGAACACCAUCUGUGUACCUUCAAGUGGUGUGUAAUUGUACCUGCUCUCAACUGCUGCAGUUUUAGUAUGGUUUAGUCGUUGAGCUACGUUGACGUAAAGUUUUCUUGUGGUAUCACGUACCUCAUGUCAGUGUUUACGUUUCUAUAAUUAAAAGCAGUAAAGUGUAUUCUUUCGCUAUUAUUAUGGCAGCAAAUUCAUCCAGUUGUCCUAUCUUCAAGUAGAAAGCACUAUUUUACUAUGUUUGAGUUACCAAUACUCAAGUUUUUUUUGGAAUUCAGGUUAUAAAGGUUUUGGUAAGAACCUCCACCAUUUUUUUAAUAAAUGCAUGCGUUCAUAAUUUUCUUGAAAAAGUAAAGUUUAGUUUAUUUGGAGCAGUAUUUUAUUCUACAGCAGUCAAAAGAAUCAUUCCGCAAUUGAUGUAAAGAAACAAAUACAGUGACAUAAGACAAAUUCUUAUUGAAAACAAAGGAUAAUAGGCAACGGUAUGACAUACUAUAUGUCUGAGUCUACCUCCUAAAACAUCCAUGUCGGUAGUUAGGGGUUAACCGCAUUUGUUUUUUUCUGUAAAAAUUUAAAAGUAGUUGUAAACAAAAUAAAUUCCAAUAAAAGCUAGUACAAAAA